AUGGGCCAACAAUUUUCCCUUAAAGAUCUUGGUGAACUCAGUUACUUCUUGGGUAUUGAAGUUCAACGAGAUGCUGGUCAACUUGUUUUACGUCAAAGACAGUUUGUUCGUGAACCUCUUCAACGUAUGGGCAUGUUAGGGGCAAAGCCAACAGCUACUCCGAUGGUAGUGUCUCCAAAGUUGACUCGUGAUGUUAGGCAACCAUUAUCUAAUUCGGCAACUGCAUCAAUUUGCAAGAAAGAAAGCCCCAAUUUUUCUCUUGCUCUGCCUCUGAAUUUGCUCCCUGCGAAUUACCCAGAUCAUGAACCUCUAAUGGCCUACUGCAGCUCCACCUAUUAUGAAGCUAAUUUUGCUCCAUGUUAUGUUGCUUGUGAACCCGAAAUCGUUCGCUCGAAUGUUGCCUACUCUUUCACUGAGCCUAACUAUGUUGAGUAUGCCCUAAACCCUUCCGGUGACGAUUAUGGUACGAUAAAGACUCGGUUUAUCGUAUCAUACUCCGUCUCGGAGUUCAACGAGCCUGCAUUCGAUGAGUACGAUCCGACGCCUUACGGCGGUGGAUAUGAUCCUGUUGCAACAUAUGGCAAACCCCUGCCCCCUUCCGAGAAAAUAUGUUAUCCACGUUCAUCACCGCAGGAUCCGAAUGAUCAAACCUCGAACAAACUUUCCCACGUGUCCAUCGAGUCACCGGAUGCGAAAGAGUCGAACCUAGCAACGAAAGCAAAGCAGCAACAACAGUCGAAGAUCAGGAGCAGCAAACUAAGAGCAGCACGGAAGAUGUUAAUUAAGGAAGAUUACCCUGAUGUUCAAUCUAAUGGUAGUGAACAUGAAACGAGGGUAUCUCAAAUUCCUCCAGGGUAUGGCUUAGAAGCAAUGGACCUUUGUGAAAGUUUGUUUGGUCACUGGCCCUGCUUGGCUCGUGCAAAGAGAGAGGACGAUUAUUAUCGAAACCGUUAUGGCCCUCAUGGUGUUUGCGGUAAAUGGAGCGACGAAAACUGUCCGUGGGAGGAGGAAACGGCGGAUUAUCUUUUCGGUAAUCCGUAUCCUUACGGAGAACGAUGGAGCUACGGAGGUGUUUACGAGCAUCCGAUGUUCAAUUACGAAAGGCAUUACGAGGGACAACUUGUGUCAAGGCAGAUGGAGUAUCAAGAGGAACAUUCAUGGUUGAAUUAGUUCUUGUAGCCAAAGAUGGU